AGGGACGGACUCGCGAAGUGAACGAUGGAGACGGAACCAGUUGUUAGAGAAGCAUGAGUCUGUAAAUGAAGACUUCUCACAGGAUUAAACACAUGUAGGGAGAUUUAUCAGUUUCCGUUCAGCUGCUGGGUUUGUGCAGACUGAGCUUCACAGAGGAAACUGUUCACCAUGUUGGUUUUCCUGCUUCAGUCUCUAGAAUCCGCCUCAGGUCGAAGGUCUGGUCUCACAGUCGUUCAGUCAUGUUUCCAAGUGUCGGUCGUGGGAUGUGGAGAGCUGCCGUCCACACACUCAGAACCAGCAGAAGAGCUCCAGCGUUCAGGCUCCUGAACACCCAUGACUGCACCCCCCACGACAGCACCCCAGCCGCCCUGGCUGAUGCUGAGACUAUCUUUGCACUGUCGUCAGGUCAUGGCAGGUGUGGGGUCGCUGUGGUGCGAGUGAGCGGUCCGUCCUCAGCUACAGCACUGCGGUGUAUGGCUGGGCUCACACACUGCCUACCUCCUCCUCGCACCGCCCUGCUGCGCAACAUCACAGACCCCCACGACAAAGAAGUGUUGGACCGAGGUCUCGUCAUCUGGUUCCCAGCUCCUCACAGUUUCACAGGAGAGGACAGUGUUGAGUUCCACAUCCACGGUGGUUCUGCUGUCAUCACCGCUGUCUUACAGGGUCUAGGAAGCGUGCCUGGCAUGAGGCCUGCUGAAGCUGGGGAGUUCACGCGGAGGGCCUUUCAAGCUGGGAAACUGGGUUUAACAGAGGUGGAGGGACUCGGGGAUCUGAUCCACGCUGAGACGGAGGCCCAGAGGAGACAGGCUCUCAGGCAGAUGUCAGGAGAUCUGGGACGCCUCUACCAAGACUGGAGCCACAGACUGAAACGGUGUCUGGCUCAUGUCGAGGCCUUCAUCGACUUCAGCGAGGAUGAACUCAUUGAGGAUGGGGUCUUAAACCAAGUGGACAGAUCGGUGAGCCAUUUACAAGCAGAGAUGGAGCGACACUUAAAGGACGAGAGGAAGGGCGAGCGGCUUCGCAGUGGAGUUCAGGUGGUCAUCGCUGGAGCUACUAACGCGGGGAAAAGUAGCCUCCUUAACACACUCUGCCAGAGACCUGCUGCCAUUGUGUCCCCCAUUGCUGGGACCACCAGGGACAUAGUGGAGACGGCUCUGGACAUCGGUGGCUUCCCCGUCCUCUUGAGUGACACGGCAGGCCUCAGAGACAGCUCGGACCUGGUGGAGAGAGAGGGCGUCCGCAGAGCUCGGGAGAGGGUGGAGCAGGCAGAUCUGACUCUGGUGGUUGUGGACUGUGCUCUCGUCGCCACUGACGCUCAGCAGGCUGCAGCUUUUCUUCAGGGACACCUGAGGAGCGUGCUGCCCGCCCAGGAGCAGACGGACACAGACAGGUGUCUCCUGGUGCUGAAUAAGACUGACCUGCUGCCUGAAGGUGAGAGACAGAAGCUGGACAAGGAGCUGAGACAGGUCUCUGGACUUCCUCCUGUCUGUCUCAUCUCGUGUCACACUGAUGAAGGGCUGCAGGACUUCCUCACUCUGCUGGACAGCUCUGUCAAAACUCUGUGUGGCGAUCCCCUGUCUGGUGCCCCCAUCCUGACCCAGGCUCGCCACAGGGCCCACCUGCAGCAGUGCUUGGCAGCCCUGGCUCAGUACAAGCUGUACCGCGACACCGACCUCGCUCUGGCAGCCGAAGGCGUCCGGUUGGCUCUCACCAGCCUGGGCCGGAUCACUGGACGAGUCGGGGCAGAGGAGAUCCUGGACAUCAUCUUCAAAGAUUUCUGCAUUGGAAAAUAGUCAGAUGAGUAGCAGUGAAAACAUGGAAAACAUGUGAUAAUAGUCUGCUUGGAGAGGAAAGCUGUGCUCUCCUGCUGUGCCAGCUGGACCAGUAAAGAAAACGAGACAAAAGAGCACAACCUCGGCUUCGUGCCAAACUUCUCGGCUUAGCCAGAGUGAAGAGAAUAAAACUUGUUCUUGGCUGAAGAAAAUGCUCCCAAGACACAAACAUGUUUGUUUUCUGUCGAUGCUUUUUAAUGGACUGAAAUAGUUUCAGCGUGACGACAGGUACCUCAGAGGCCCCAUACGCCGGACCAGUGUUUGGCUCGUCUUGAGUCGUAAUUUAAAAAUAGAAUUUCAGACCCUUUGAUAUGUGAAUACAUGUAUUAGGCUCUAGGGUCACAACACAACAGCCAAGAUAAUUUAAAGUGAAGCCAGCUACAGACCUCAGCAAGGUCAUACACUCGAUGAUUGGAUGUUUACUUGUUCUGUGGGACAAUGAUGGAUUUGUUUGGGGAGCAGGUAUCAUUUCAGCUGAGUGUGUGUGCGAGUAUUUGUGGGCGUGUGUCUGUGUGUGUGUAGUUGUUGCGAUAACUCAAAAUCCCUAUAAUGAUUUUGAUGAGAAAUUUACUUCACAUGUGCUAUUUGUUGUAUUAUGUAAAAUUCUACCAUUUAAAAUUGGUGAAAGUUUUAAUAAAUAAUAAAUGUUCCAGUG